GAGCUAUAUAAGAAUCCCUCUUAUCUCUAAACUGACUACAGACCUAAAAGAGUUGAAGCAUGGGAGAAGGAGGAGAAGAGAUUGCGGAAGAGAAAGUGAUGGACAUUAGCCUUAAGGACCUUGCAAAGAAACUGGAGGACUUUGCCAAGGCCAGAGACUGGGAAAAGUACCAUAGCCCAAGGAAUCUUCUUCUUGCCAUGGUUGGUGAAGUAGGAGAGCUAUCAGAAAUAUUCCAGUGGAAGGGAGAGGUAGACAAGGGCUUGCCCAAUUGGGAAGAAUCAGAUAAGGAGCAUCUAGGAGAAGAGUUAUCUGAUGUGCUGCUAUACCUCGUUAGAUUGGCUGAUAUAUGCGGCAUUGAUCUUGGUGAUGUUGCAACCAAGAAAAUUAUCAAGAAUUCUAUCAAAUACCCGCCUAAGAUCUGCUAGAAAAAAAAAAUAUAAUAAUAAGAGAAUUUUUGUGUUUCUUUUUUGGUGAGCCUAAACAAACAUUUUGAUGGAAUCUCUGUAGAGAAUUUAUAAUAAACUUAGCCUUCUUCUUUA